CAAGUAGUGUCCAAAAGAGCCAUGAACGUAUGUAUCUCUGCCGCGCGGCAUUACACGACUUUGUGGGAGAAUCUGAUUAAAUUAGCAUCCUCGUGGUCGCAGCAUGCUGCGAACAUGUUCGUUUGCUCUCUUGUUUCUUUUGGACGAGAACUCCGUCCAUAUUCUUUCCAUCCCUGCUGCAGCUCCUACUACUGGGCUGGGCCUUCAUGAUGCACUAUUAGGGAUUGUAGACUUGCAGAAUGAGGUCCCAUGAACGCAUGCCACUCGAUGGUGCCAGCCGGUGCAAUGUUCUCGAGACACCUCGGUUGGGGAAAGUACGUCGGCGAAUCCAGGAGGCCAAGGGAUUGCGAGAACGUGAAGGACCCUCUCGAGUCGGAAUGAGAACAGUAGUGUCCGAGUUUCGACGACUGGGGGACUAAUGGGGGUGGAGUGUUGAGGCACUCUACUUCCGUAACCCUUUCAUGCAAAUGUUCUCCGCAACAGCAGCUCUCUUCAUCACUCCGUCGGAGUGGAAGACUAGCCAGAAUUGGACACCAAAUGAGGAGGAUAUUUGCACUUUACCUCGACAUUUGACAUGUGGCCAAUGGGCGGAAACUCGUGUACUCCCAUGUCCAACAUAACGUGAGUAUUUCUUCUGCAGGUCCGGUUGUGCACCCAUGAGGAGACAACGACAUCUGCGGCAGAUCGAGGUUGCAACUUCAUCGUCAGAUCUUUUCGUUCGGGACACUUGUUGUUUCGUCGUACGAGACAUCGACUCGAUGAUGAUGGGUCAUGGUUUCCGAGUGACAAGAUCCAAAAGAUGGUAAGAACAUUAGCGACCUCGGAAGAUUUGGUUCCUCCUUAAGACCGUGCCACUUGUUGGCUGCCCAUGAGGCCGCUAGAUCGUGUUUUUGUCAACAACGGGGAAUGUUGAGCGGACAUUAUCCGAUGAUUCCUUGGCGCCCGUUGUCUUCCACCCAUAUUUUACCAUGCCACGAACGCGCAUGCUGGUUUCCGGGUCGUCCAUAUCCGGUUCCAACGUUCUUGCCCAAUUCAUCGAUUUGUUGUUGAGCUCCCUCGGGUCAACUGCUGCUGCUCGUCUCCUCUCGGAGGAGCUCCUGCAGCAGAGGGGGAGGGGGGACGCUUUCCUCACCAACAGUGGCAUGGUUGUCGACAUGUACCCACUUGUCGUACGUUGGCAUCGCUGGUGGCAAACUGAUGAAAGACUACAAUGUACACAUUGUUUCCAGGAGUGUAGGGAGACGAUCACCUGCAAUUUGCAUCUUUAAGUCUGGUGCCAGACGUAGCCAGCCAGCCACACAUGUCAUAGCCUGUGUGGUACGAGCAGAGAGAGUGGCAAAAGCUCAAAGCUGCAACUAGUUUCUCAUCUGGUGCCGUGAGCACUCUCCGCAUGGGCAUGUAGCAUUACGACAUUCAGCCAAGCCUGCUGCACAAUGAGCAAAUGAUAUUAGUGAGCCCCCUUGUCUAGAACGACCAGCUUUCUUAAUGUGAAAGUGGAUGCUCAGCUUUAACAAGUCCUAUGUAACACACCAUAUCUGAGCGCCAUAUUCAAGCGCCUUAAAGUUGCAGGGACCUUUACUUUCUGACUUGGAUCAACACUGAUUGAAGGUUGGGGUGUGGAUCUUCAUUUCCAGACAAACACGUGACCUCCAAGUAACAAUUACACAUCUUAUGUAAUCGACACAUUCAUUCGGAAUUUACCUUACCCUUG